AUGUUAACUCAUUGUUCAGCACUUUCUCAAUCACCCCCACCAUCAUCACCACCACUACCACCACCCAUAUCCAAAUUCAUCUCUAACCACCCAUGUCUCACCAUGCUCCAAAAUCACUGCACAACCAUCAAACACUUCCACCAAAUUUACCCUCACAUCAUCAAAACUGGCCUUGCUCAUGACCCAAUUGCUUCCACACGUGUCCUCACUUUCUGUGCCUCACCAUCUGGCAACAUUAACUAUGCUUACAAAGUGUUUGCUAGAAUGCCAAGCCCAAAUCUUUAUUCUUGGAACACAAUUAUUAGAGCUUUUUCUAGAACCUCAACUCCACAAUUUGCUAUAUCACUUUUUGUUGACAUGUUGUAUUCUGAAAUUCAACCUCAAUAUUUGACUUAUCCUUCUGUUUUCAAAGCUUAUGCUCAAUUGGGUGAUGCUCAUCAUGGUGCUCAGCUUCAUGGUAUGGUUUUGAAAUUGGGUUUUCAAAGAGACCAAUUUAUUCGUAAUACUAUUAUUUAUAUGUAUGCUAAUAGUGGACUAAUGAGUGAAGCUAAAAGAGUUUUUGAUGAAAAAUUGGAACUUGAUGAUGUGGUAACUUUCAAUUCAAUGAUUAUGGGUUUCGCUAAGUGUGGUGAGAUUGAUGAGUCUAGGAAGAUGUUUGAUAAUAUGCCUACAAGAAGAACUUCAGUUACUUGGAAUUCUAUGAUUAGUGGAUACGUUAGGAAUGGGAAACUAAUGGAGGCAUUAGAACUUUUCAACAAGAUGCAAGAGGAAGGUGUUGAACCAAGUGAAUUUACAAUGGUGAGUUUAUUGAAUGCUUGUGCUCAUUUAGGAGCACUUCAACAUGGGAAAUGGGUUCAUGAUUAUAUAAAAAGGAAUCAUUUUGAGUUGAAUGUUAUUGUUGUAACAGCAAUAAUUGACAUGUAUUGCAAGUGUGGGUCUGUUGAAAAUGCUGUUGAGGUGUUUGUGACAUACCCUAGAAGAGGAUUAUCAUGUUGGAAUUCAAUUAUAAUUGGGUUAGCCAUGAAUGGCCAUGAAAGUGAAGCGAUUGAGUUAUUUUCUAAGCUUCAAUCUUCAAAAUUAUUAAAGCCAGAUUCUGUAAGUUUCAUUGGUGUUUUAACUGCUUGUAAACAUUUAGGAGCAGUUGAUAAAGCUAAGGACUAUUUUGCAUUGAUGAUGAAUAAUUAUAAGAUUGAACCAUCAAUAAAACACUACACUUGCAUGGUUGAUGUGCUUGGUCAAACUGGACUCCUAGAAGAAGCAGAAGAACUCAUAAAGGGUAUGCCUUUAAAGCCAGAUGCCAUUAUAUGGGGAUCUUUGCUUUCGUCUUGUAGGAAGCAGGGGAAUGUACAGAUCGCAAAACGAGCUGCGCAAAGAGUUUAUGAGUUAAAUCCAAGUGAUGCAAGUGGUUAUGUACUUAUGUCUAAUGUCCAUGCUGCAUCCAACAAAUUUGAUGAGGCAAUAGAGCAAAGGCUUUUGAUGAAGGAAAACUUGACAGAGAAAGAACCGGGUUGCAGUUCAAUUGAAUUAUACGGAGAGGUUCAUGAAUUUCUAGCCGGGGGAAGGCUGCAUCCUAAGACUCAAGAGAUCUACCAUUUAUUGAAUGACUCCAGUUUUGCACUUCAAGAUUGAUCAUAUGUGAAAUUAUGAACUUGUGAAGUUUUAACAUCAAUAUGUAUAUAGAAGUAGUAAUAGCUUUAAUAUAGAGAAGAUUUACAAUAGAUUAGAAUCACACAAUCUAAAUAUCCAAUUUGCUUGAAUGUAGGUUUUGCUUGCUUAUAAAUAUAAUUUUUUAUAUUUUACUCAAUGCUCUAUCAUAGGGAUGCUUACCGAUAGGCCUAGUGAAGGGAUCUCAGAUUCUGUGUUGCAUGCAUGUUUUGCUUUGUUGUUAUAACUUAUAACACUAAAUGCUUCAUAUAUGAUAUAUCCAACUAAGAGAAAUAAUCUUAUGGUUCUUAAAAUCACAGCACUUAUUAAUUUGUUAAAUCAAUUGAUUAAUAAUAGUAAUACAACAGAAUAAGCAUAUGAUCUUGUUUAGCAAUUUCAGCUUUUUCAUACUCUUGCUUGUACAAGAAUCUGGUGACAUCAUAGCUACUAUCCUAUAGUGUAUUUUUUGAAUGUGAGACAACUACUAACAAAUAGUAUACUAAGUUUCAGGUUUUUGACAAGUUUCUCCCUGGUGCCCAAGAGUAUACCUCAGGAGGCAUUGCACCAUUCAUGAGGAGGUUCUGUGGCAUUGCAUAUAAGUCAGAGAUAUCAAGAUGAUGUUGCGCGCGUCCAUUUUGGUAAUGCUGAUUCUGCAUAGCAGCAGCAAGUUCAUCGUCUUCAAGUGGAAGACGAUCAAAAGUAGCGUGCAUGAAUGAUGCAGCCAUGAUCACAACAGGUCCUGAAGCAAUCAAAGCACCAACUACAGCACCUCCAACAACUUGUCCUUGAGGACCUGCUAAAUAUAUUGUUAGACCAGUAAUUCCUGGUGGUGCCGGUGGGGGAAGAAUCGACCCCAACAACGAGAGAAUCUCAAAUCGACCAUGAAGGGUUACAAUUGCACCAGAUGAAGCCGGUUGGCGCAGCGUUACAUUUGUUACACAACCAGUGCCAUUAAGUAUACAAAGACCACGUUGCUUUCUCCUUGCAAAGUUCAACAAACUUUCGUUCACAUCACAGCCAGAGCUCACUUCCAUAGCAUGAGCUUUAAGUGCAGUAGCACUAUCUCUAGUGACAAUGAUUGGUGGCUUAGGCUUGUUUUUCGAUCCAGCCGGUCGACCGCGAGGCCGCUUUAAAGUCUCCCCCUCAGCUGCAGAAGAAACUGGCGAAACUGAUUUCGGAACUUUAGGAGAUAUUAGAGUAACAUCAAUACCAUUACCAGACAUAUUAUUAUUCUGGUUACCAUUGUCUUGUUCUUGCUUGUGUUCCAUUUCACCAAACAUAAGAUAGUUUUUGGUUAAAGGAGGAGUAACAAAGAGUAAAUCGCUCUUUCCUGUUACAAUAUUGAAGGUUUAAGUAGUUGCAUUAUGAGAAUAAAUAUUAUAGGAGCCCAAAAGAAUGAUCACAAUUUUAGGAUGGAGUUAAGUUAUACCAACCACUGUUUUUU